UUAAAAAGAAGAAAUAUCGAUAAGGAAGAAGAACUAGUAUUGAAUCUGAGAGAGUUAUUGUGUGGUAAACGCAGAGACCAAGGAUGAAGUCAAUAAUCGAGCAUGUAGUUUUGUUCAAGAUCAAAGAAGAAGCUUCACAAUCCGAGAUUCAUUCCUUCGUAGAACAAGUCAAUUCUCUCGUCUCUCUCGAACAACCACUUCACCUCACUAUGGGUCCAUUAACCACCAUCCAAUCCUCUUCCCUUUCAUCUUUCAACUUCACUCACAUACUCCAUAUCCGGUUCAGCUCCAAGGAAGAUCUCCACGCCUAUGCGGUUCACCCAACCCACGUAUCAGUCGUCAACGAUAACAAGUCUUUGGUGGUUGAUAAGAUGGCUCUUGAUUGGGUCACGGAGGUUCACGGCGACGAUUUGGUUUUACCGGUGGAGUCUGCUUUGCGGGUUGUGUUCUUCAAGCUGAAGGAGGGUCUGGGGGAAGAUGUUAAAGAGGAGGUUUUGAAGGGUGUAAAUGGAAUUCAACGUGGAAAAGUUGUGCAGUUUACGUGCGGUGAGAAUUUCUCUGCUGGUAGAUCUAAAGGGUUUUCGAUUGGUUCACUUGCGGUUUUUCCGGGGUUAAGCGAAUUGAAGGAAGUUGAUUCUGAUGAGGAGUUUCGGAAAUAUGAGAAGAUUAAGGAGAAUCUGGAUACUGUCUUGCUUCUUGAUUAUGUGGGACAUGGCCAAACAGCGUCUUAAGGUUGUUUUUUUAUGGUUAUGUUCUUUCUGAUUUCUUGCUUCAAUCAUAGGUGAAGUAAAACUUGUCACUUCAAAUUCAAAUUCAAAUCGAUGAUUUAAGUUUUUCAUUGCGCUCA